AGGUUUAUAGGAAAAAACGUUAUUUGAGUCAGUUAGAUAAAGGUGUGGAAGUUAUAACUUCCACCAUUAUUAAUCACCCACUCCUUUCAUAAACCCCUCAAUUAAUCAAUCAAAUUUCACAUAAAAAUAAAACCCACCCAUAAACUUCCACCUACCUAAGUCCAAACGAAAAAACACCCAACUUCUAUUAUUUGCAAAUAACAAAAAAAAAAAUUAUAACCGAAGUUUCAACCUUCACAAGAAGAAGUUGAAGUACAGAAUUAAUCACGUUGGAAACCAGAUAUACUCCAACUUCACAAGUAGUUAUUAUACACACAAAAAUUCAGUUUUAACUUUUAAGGUAAAAGAAGAGAUCGAUUUCGAUGAUGAUUGGAGCAAAUUCAAAUUCUAGUUCCGGUGAUGAUAACGGCGAUAAAGUGAAAGGUUCAUGGAGUCCACAAGAAGACGCAACGCUGGUAAAAUUGGUAACCGAACACGGCCCGCGAAAUUGGUCCGUCAUAAGCAACGGAAUCCCCGGUCGUUCCGGCAAAUCAUGCCGUCUCCGGUGGUGUAAUCAGCUGAGUCCCGACGUUCAACACCGUCCUUUCAGUCCGUCGGAAGAUAAGAUCAUAAUUAAAGCGCACGCCAUUCACGGUAACAAAUGGGCGACGAUUUCUCGUCUUCUUCCAGGUCGAACCGAUAACGCGAUAAAAAACCACUGGAAUUCAACCCUCCGCCGUCAACAUAUGGAGGUUCCGAUAAUUCCCUCCUCCGUGGGUAUCGGAAAACGUCCUCCUAACGCUUAUGACGGUUAUAACAGUUUGUUGGAUCUACGUUGCCCUUAUAAACGGCCGUGUUUAGAGAAUAACAGUUCACGUGACGGUGAAGAAACGGUUACGGAAGAGGAAGAUGCGGGUAAUAACGUUACCGUUACGACGUCGUUAAGUCUUUUUCCACCUGGAGAGAAAUUUAUGAAAGAAGAAGAAAAUAAAAAAGAAGAAAUUUUUGAAGCUAAUGGGAAUGUAUUUGGAAACGAUUGUUUGAAAUCGAUUAUUCAGCGUAUGAUAGCGGAGGAAGUUAGGAAUUAUGUUGAUAACAUGCGCCGGGAUGGGUUUCAACUUGGAACUGGGUUAGCUCCUGAUUCAACAUUUCGAAAGUGAAAAAAUUACAAUUUUUUUUUUUUAAUUUUUAUAAUUGUUUUUAGGUUUCUACUCCUGUUCUAUCAGACAAGUUUGUGUUUUUAAUAUAUUUUUGGAGUUCCUUUUGUUA